AUGUCGGUGGUGGGAAUUGAUCUGGGCUUUCAGAGCUGCUACGUAGCGGUUGCCCGAGCCGGAGGAAUCGAGACAGUGGCGAAUGAGUACAGCGACCGCAGCACCCCGUCCUGUAUUUCGUUUGGCCCUAAAAACAGAUCUAUUGGAGCAGCUGCAAAAAGCCAAGUCAUUUCCAAUGCAAAGAAUACUCUGCAAGGCUUCAAAAGGUUUCAUGGCCGGGCCUACACUGAUCCCUUUGUGCAGGCUGAGAAGCCAGGUCUGGGCUAUGAAGUUGUGGAGCUGCCAACAGGCUCGGCUGGCAUAAGGGUCAUGUACUUGGAAGAAGAAAAGAACUUCACCAUGGAGCAGGUGACUGGCAUGCUGCUCACCAAACUUAAAGAAACAGCAGAAAGCGCCUUAAAGAAACCUGUAGUUGACUGUGUUAUUGCUGUUCCAUGCUUCUUCACUGAUGCAGAGAGGAGGUCUGUAAUGGAUGCCACACAGAUCGCGGGGCUGAAUUGUCUACGACUGAUCAAUGAAACUACUGCAGUUGCUCUUGCCUAUGGAAUUUAUAAGCAAGAUCUGCCUGCUCCCGAGGAGAAACCAAGGAUUGUAGUGUUUGUGGACAUGGGCCACUCUGCGUAUCAAGUGUCUGUCUGUGCUUUUAACAAGGGAAAACUCAAGGUUCUAGCUACUGCCUUUGAUCCAUGUGUGGGUGGAAGGAAAUUCGAUGAUGUUUUGGUUAGUUAUUUCUGUGACGAGUUUGGCAAGAAGUAUAAGCUGGAUAUAAAGUCGAAGAUAAGGCCUGUACUGCGGCUUGCCCAGGAGUGCGAGAAACUCAAAAAGUUGAUGAGUGCGAAUGCCUCAGAACUGCCAAUCAAUAUUGAAUGUUUUAUGAAUGACAUCGAUGUCUCUGGCUCUAUGAACAGGGGUCAUUUUGAGGAAAUGUGUGAGAGUCUGCUGUCUCGAGUUGAACCUCCACUCCGCAGCGUCCUAGAGCAAGCCAAACUUAAGAAAGAAGAUAUUUAUGCCGUUGAGAUAGUUGGUGGUGCCACACGAAUCCCAGCCGUUAAGGAGCGAAUAAACCGUUUCUUCGGUAAAGAAGUUAGCACCACGUUGAAUGCUGAUGAAGCAGUAGCCAGAGGCUGCGCAUUACAGUGUGCUAUUCUGUCUCCGGCUUUUAAAGUUAGAGAGUUUUCCAUCACUGAUCUGGUACCUUACCCGAUAUCCUUAAAGUGGAAUUCUCCAGCGGAGGAAGGUCUAAGUGACUGUGAGGUGUUUCCCAAGAACCAUGCUGCACCGUUCUCCAAAGUGCUUACAUUCUACAGGAAAGAACCUUUCACUUUGGAUGCUUAUUACAGUGCACCCAAAGAACUUCCCUAUCCUGAUCCCUCUUUAGGUCAGUUCCAUGUGCAAAAAGUGGCCCCACAGGCUGAUGGAUCCAGUUCCAAGAUAAAGGUUAAAGUACGCGUAAAUGUCCAUGGUAUAUUUAGUGUCUCAAGUGCAUCUCUAGUUGAAGUCCAUAAGACGGAUGAUUCUGAGGAACCUAUGGAAACUGACCAUGCUGGGAAAGAGGAGGAGAAAAUGCAGGUUGAUCAAGAGGAGUCCAAAACAGAAGAAAGCCAAUUCGCGCAAGCUGAAAGCAAGCCUGGUUCUGAAGAAAUGGAGACAUCCCAAACUUCACCUAAGGAGAAGAAGAAUGAUCAGCCUCCUCAAGCCAAAAAACCUAAAGUGAAGACUAGCACAAUUGACUUGCCCAUUGAUCACUAUCCUCCAUGGCAAAUAGGAAGGGACAGCUUAAACCUGUUUAUUGAAAAUGAGGGAAAGAUGAUUAUGCAAGAUAAAUUGGAGAAGGAACGAAUUGAUGCAAAGAAUGCAGUGGAGGAAUAUGUCUACGAGAUGAGGGACAAACUGAGUGGAGAUUAUGAAAAGUUUGUCAAUGAAGAUGAUCGGAACAGUUUUAUUCUAAAGCUGGAAGACACUGAAAACUGGUUGUAUGAAGAUGGAGAAGAUCAGUCAAAACAAGUUUAUAUAGACAAACUAGCAGAUCUAAAGAAUUUAGGUCAGCCUAUCCAGACACGUUACCAAGAGUUUGCAGACCGACCAAAAUCAUUUGAAGACCUUGGAAAACAAAUUCAACUUUACAUGAAAAUUAUUAAUGCUUUUAAAAAUAAGGAGGAGGCAUACGACCACUUAGAUGCUGCUGACAUGGAGAAAGUUGAAAAGGGCACAAAUGAAGCUAUGGAGUGGAUGAAUAACAAAAUGAACCUGCAGAUGAAGCAGAACCUUACUGUAGACCCAGUGGUGAAAGCUAAGGACAUACAAGCAAAAACAAAAGAAUUGACGAGCACUUGCAACCCCAUAGUCUCCAAACCAAAACCCAAAGUGGAACCUCCAAAAGAGGAGCAGCCAGCCGGAGAGCAGAAUGGACCAGUAGACAGUGACGCAAAUAGCACGGGGCCGCAGGGUGCUGAACAGAGUGCAGACACGGCCGCUUCUGAUCCAGAAAAGAAACUUCCAGAAAUGGACAUUGAAUAAAUUCCAUAAUCUAUUUCUAUUCUCAAACAGUAUAACAUAUGACUCGGAACACUGAUCAGAGAAAAGUGACUGCAAAUUUCUCGUAGUUUCUUAGUAUAUCCCUAGGAUUUUCAGCUUUUUUUUUUUUUUUUUUUUUUUUUUUAUUAUACGCUUUGACAUUCGUAUUGGUUUGACAAAGUUCUUAUUUUUCUGUUGUACAUUGCUUUAGAGUAAGUCCUUGUUACUACGAUUUUAGCAAAGGCUGUAACAUGUACAUUUACCGAUAGGCUUGUAUCUGGAGUUACUCCAGGUCUGUAGCUUACUUUAGUAGUACUCAAGGUCUACCAAUGGGUUACUAGCUCAGAGAAGCUUAUUGCAGUCAGAGUAACACAACUGCAUCAUCCGCUUUUGUGUUCCUCAGAAUAUGCGGAAGUUUGUUUGCAUCUGUUCCACUAUCAAUUGUAUCUUCCUCCUUGACAGCUGGUUACCGGCAGUAAUCUCAGCCUCUUGCAUGGAAGCCUGGGCGCUUGUGGGGGCUAACAUGAAAUAGGAAUAUUAAAACCCAGCACUAGCUGCAGUCUUCUGAUAGUAACGUUUAUGUGCAUUUUCUUCAGAUUUGGGAAUGGUUUGAUCCAUAGAGUAUUAUAUUUUCCAUACAUCCAUGUUAAGUUUUAGCCUUGGUAUGUUAUGCACACCAUAAGCUGUUCUGUCCAUGAUUCAAUGAAUCCAGUGUGGUAACAAUUGUUUUUAAGAGAAAGCUUUGCAGAAGGUAGUUACUAUGUGGCUGCUCCUCCCAUACAUAGCCAAGAAACAUCCUUUGCAGUACUGUUGAAUUUCUAAGAACCUUGUUCGUUACGUCCCCAUCUCUCCUAGCUCACAGCAGAAAUGCUGUAAAAACAGGAGUUAAUCGAUAAGAAUAUUCACUUGAAGGGUGCGGGUGGUUUCACUUGCACCCAUGUAAUGCAGCUUGUUUGUUCAGUCAUCCUUCAUGUUAUUUUUAACAUGGGACAAGAUUUCGUAUUUGUUUAGUGGUAUACAAUUCUAGUAACCAUAUUGGUCCCAGAAGAAAACUGGAUCCUGUACGAAACACAUGAGGAUUGUGUAGCCAUAUUGUACUCGGGGACUCAUUCGGAGUACUCGAGUGCAACAUUAAAGCAUAAUUUUUAUGUUCAAUAAAGUUCAUAUCCCAUAGGAGACAAGUUUGUAUUUUCUUUUUUUUUAUUCUUAUUGUUGUUGAUGUUAUUACCAAAUCUCUUAACACCUGCAGCAAAUCCUGUCUGAAAAAUAAACUUGCUGGGUUGUAAUGGU